GUGGCGGGGAGGGGCCGCGCCGCCUCAGAGCCGCGGCCAUGGCGGCGGGCUUCGUGAGGGAGCUGGAGCGGCGGGGCGGCCCGGCGCUGCGGCUGGAGCAGCGGGCGGCGGGCGGCGUGGGCUGCGUUGUGUGGGACGCCGCGCUGGUGCUCGCCAAGUUCCUGGAGACCGGCGCCUGCCCCCUCGCCCGCCGAGCCGUUCUCGAGUUGGGCGCCGGCACCGGCGCCGUCGGUAUCAUGGCGGCCACGCUGGGGGCGAACGUGACGGUCACCGACCUUGAGGAGCUCCAGGAGCUGUUGAUGGUGAAUAUAGAGAACAACAAACAUCUCGUCACGGGGUCAGUCCGAGCCAAGGUACUGAAAUGGGGUGAAGAUGUAACAGAGUUUCAGCCUCCCCCUGAUUACAUACUCAUGGCUGAUUGCAUUUACUACGAGGAGUCGUUAGAACCGUUACUGAAGACACUGAAAGACCUCACUGGCCCUGAUACGUGUGUCUUGUGCUGUUACGAACAGAGGACUAUGGGAAAGAAUCCUGAAAUAGAGAGGAGAUACUUUGAGCUGCUUCAGAUGGACUUCGAGCUGGAAAAAAUUCCCCUGGAUAAGCACGAUGAGGAGUAUCGCAGCGCAGACAUCCACAUUGUGAAUAUCCACAGGAAACAAGCGAUAUCUUCACAGAAUCUUCUGUUGUGAGAUCUUUGACCACGUUGCCUGUCCUCUGGCAGCUGGCUGGAGCUCUGGGGAAGACGGAGAGAGCGUAAAACAGCACCACAAAGGGACUGCCUCCAGCGUGGUUGGUGACACACCUACAGGACGCUUCUAGCUGGUGGACUUGGCACGAGGCACAGGGAGGAGCGGGCUCCUUCGACCAGAUGCCCUGAUAGCACCUUUCUGAGAGCACACACUGAUCUCUCGCUGCCUGCAGGAGAAGAGGAAGGCCAAAAUGGAACCAGAGCUUAACCCAGAGCAGUGCUGGCUGCGUGUCCUGGUUACCUCCGAGCCAAGCGCUCAUGAAGCGCACCCAAGGGCUCUCUGCAGAAGUCUCUGUGCCAUAACGCAGCACCACCCGCUCCCUCCGAGGAGAAACCCCCGUGAGCGGGCUCAAACAGGCCCAGAGAGCCGGUCAAUAAAACUUUUCCACUCAA